AUGUGGUUCUCCAGCGCCCUGCUCGCCGUGUCCGCCGCCACCGCGGCCCUCGCCUGCUCCCCGCCGCCGGUGGUGCCGUCCAACAGCAUCACCGACUUAUUCUCGAUCCAGGUGCAGAACGCAUCGUACCCGGUCAUCCACAACCGCUUCAUGAACCUGUGGUCGGCCGGCGGCGGCGACCAGCACCUGUACCUGCGGCCCGCCGGCGACGUCUGGAACAACCUGACGCUCGUCUCGGGCGUGCUCACCACGCAGCACUUGCCGCCGCCCAAGCUGACCACCAUCCGGGCCGUCAUUAACGGCGAGUACACUUCCUUUGACGACACGACAAAGAUGUUCAUGACGGAGCGUGGAGACCCUCGGGCCAUCUUCGACGUCAGGUACGGGUGCAACCCGGACACGGACGCCGUGCAGACGGAGCUCGUCUUCAAGGAGCGCUCCGGCGUCACCGGCGGCCACUUGUGCGUCAGGCUGGCCUCGGGCAACCGCUACGAGUUCCGCUACUCGCCGCCGGGAAACACCCUUGUCGACUCGACCUCACACCUGUGCAUUAAGGUUACCCUGGCCGUCAUAAAGACCUAG